AUGGCUCCCUCUACUUUCAAGCUUAACACUGGCCAGGAGAUUCCUGCCCUUGGUCUCGGUACCUGGCAGUCUCCCGCUGGCGAGGUCGAGAAGGCCGUUGCAUAUGCCCUCAAGGACGGUUACAAGCUGAUCGACUGCGCCUACUGCUAUGGAAACGAGGAGGAGGUCGGUGCUGGUCUCAAGGCUGCUUUCGAGGCUGGUGUAAAGCGUGAGGACAUCUUUGUUGUCACCAAGGUCUGGGCUACUUACAACACCCGUCCUGAGCUUGGUCUGGACAAGAGCUUGAAGGCUCUUGGUCUUGACUAUGUUGAUCUUUUCCUGGUGCACUGGCCUCUUCUCCUCAACCCUGAGGGUAACGAUGACAAGUUCCCCAAGAAGCCUGACGGCUCCCGAGAUGUUAUCCGAGACUACAACCACGUCGAUGGCUGGAAGCUCAUGGAGAAGCUCCCUGCUACCGGCAAGACUCGCGGUGUCGGUGUCUGCAACUACAGCAAGAAGUACCUCGAGGAGCUUCUGCCUCACGCCACCAUCGUCCCCGCCGUUAACCAGAUCGAGAACCACCCCAGUCUGCCUCAGCAGGAGAUUGUCGACUUCUGCAAGGAGAAGGGUAUUCACAUUGAGGCCUAUAGUCCCUUUGGCAGCACUGGUGGUCCCGUCAUGACUGCUGAGCCUGUUGUCAAGAUUGCUGAGAAGAAGGGUGUUUCCGCCUCUACUGUCCUCCUCAGCUACCACGUCGCCCGUGGAAGCACCGUCCUCGCCAAGUCAGUCACCCCCGAGCGCAUCACUGCCAACAAGACCAUUGUCGACCUUGACGACGAGGACAUGAAGGCCCUGAACGACUACUCAGAGGACCUCGUGAAGAAGGGUGAGGUGAAGCGAUAUGUUUACCCUCCUUUCGGAAUCGACUUCGGGUUCCCCGACAAGUCAUGA